AUGCCACACUCUUGUCCGUCCUUUUCCGAGCUCGUUACGACUACCUUUGACUCUCACACUCUACAUCCUCCAACAACUCCAACAACCCCACAGAUCAACAGCAUCAUGGGCGUCACAAGAAUAACCCAUGUCCACGGGACCGGACCUUCACCUGCCCCUGGACAAACAGUCGUCAUCGAGUACACUGGCUGGUUAAAAGACGCCAGCCAACCAGAAAACAAGGGCCAGGAGUUUGACUCCUCCCUCGGUCGAGGAGACUUUUCCACUCAGAUCGGGAUCGGGAAACUCAUUAGAGGUUGGGAUGAGGCGGUCCUCGACAUGAGGGUUGGCGAGAGAGCCACGCUUGAUAUCACCAGCGACUAUGGCUAUGGCGAAAAAGGAUUCCGCGGCCACAUCCCACCCAAUGCGGAUCUGAUCUUUGACGUCUAUCUAAAAGCCGUUCAGUGA